AUGCACGCUUUUAGCCUUUCAAGCACUCCAAGCACAGGAUUCUUUACCAAAGACUCCGUAUUGUCUCUCUCCCAACCUGUCAAAGCGCAAUUCCAGUUUGAUCCCGAAACAGUAACUUACCCGGACAAUCUAACUUCUCCCCCGGGGAGCAGCCGUACACAGGCCUGCAUUCCUCGACCCCUGAUUCCGGACGGCAGCUCUCACGCCCACCCCGGGGCGGUCGCAGCCCCGCAGCCGGGUAAACACGCGCCCGAGUCUCGGGAGCGGUUUCCCGGCGUCCUGGGAGCGACGAGUCCCGCCCCUCGUAGCCCCGAGACUGGAGCCGGCCGAGCCGCCGCCGCGGCCACCUCGGGCCGCUCUCCCCGCCCCAAGCGCCACACCUCGCGCCUCUGCCCCCGGGACGCGCACCGGGACCGGUCAGCCUGCCACCGCCGCCUCAGCCCCAGACGGACCAGUGACCCUUCCCCGGCUCCGCGCCCCCCGCGGCGGCCGGGCCCCAGCCCUGCGCCCCCACGGCCCCCGCACAGCCCCUUCCUCGUCGGGACGCCCAGCACCGCGCCGGUAACAGCCUCGGCUCACAGCCUCAGAGACAUCGAGGGACACUCACCCCGGAGGCUCCUCCCGCCGCUGCUGCUGCUGCCGCCGCUGGGACCGCGGCCGUCGCCCCCGCCGCCGCCGCCUGCACCGCCGUCCGCACCGGCGCCAGCGCCCCCGGCCAUCCUCCUCCUGCCGUCGCCGCCGCCACCUCCCGUCUCAGCUCCUGUCAGUGGCUCAGGCUCCGGGGCUUCUCCAGGUUUCUCUCGCCGCCAUUUUGACGCCUGGAGCGAGCAGGAGGGACUUGGCUCGGCGCAGGCCUGGGGCGCCUGCGCGGCGCUGCGGAGCCGGCCCGAGCCCCCGCCAGUCCCCGCCGCCGCCGCCGCCGCGCCCGGGGUCACGUGGGCCGGCGGCGGCGCGCGCGCCCUGGCUGGCCGGGGAGGCGCGUUCACGGGACCUGGCAUCGGUUGGAGCCGAGUGCGCGCGCAUUAUUCCCGCCCUCCGCUCGGAGUCUGAAGCUCGUUGCAGCAUCUUGCUUAUUCCGGGGAAUUGUGGCAAAUCGUUAAAUCUGUCAGAGUGGAAUUAUAAUAACUACGCUACCGCAGACCGGUUCUAACAAUUCAUGUUUCCAUCCGGCGGCCGGCAUCAUGAUCUAUCGCUCACGACACAUCUUUCGUAAAGCGAAGACUGCGCUUCCACGGAGAAGUCCUUUUUGACAGUCUUGGCGUUUUCUUGGCAGUUUAUCUUAAGCCCUGUCUCUAUGCUACUUUUACAGACACCACCUUGCUAGUUGUAUAGUGGAUUUGUUUUUUUUUUUUCAUCAGGCACCGAAAAGUUUUCCUCAGCAAGAUACCCCCAUAAACGUGGGAUAAGGAUUGAUGAAAACACAGUCGCCGCGUGGGAGAGCCAAAUCGCUCUCCCUAGAUGCCCCUUGUCUGGGAGUUUGCAGUAAGUUCAGCGAUGCACUAACAAAAACACUUAUGUUUAUGGAGCACCUUACAGUUCGCAAAACACUGCAUAACAGAAAUCCAUUGAAGAAUAUCUGGGUGUGCCUCAGGAGAGGAAGAAGAAUGUUGGAUUUAAAAACGAAAAAGAGAUAGCGUAUGGUGGAAUUUUCCAGAGGUUACAUGACAUGGGACAUCACAACAGAUUGAACACAAAAACAGAUGUGGAAUCCAGUCACUUCGCCUCGCUGAGCCUCGCGUCUUCGCCUCGCGUCUUCGCCUCGCGUCUUCGCCUCAGCCGAGAGUCAUGCCGCGCCUGCCGGUUAUCUGCCUACUUCCCCGCCGCCGUGUGACCCUGCUGGUCCUGCAGCGUGGCCAGCGCCUGGUCCACUUGACGCUUCCGCGCCAGCGCCCCGCGUCGACCAUCGCGGUGGCUAUUGCCCUCGCGGUGUUUUUCACCGCCUUCUUAACCCCCAGUGGGUAUGUGCUUAGCAGCCUGAACCAGUACCGAAGACAGUAGUGGGAGAAGAUGUAGAGCAGCUGUUUAUGUCCGGCAAACUUUCAGAAAACGCUGUGGCUUCUUUAAAUGCGCAAAAGUUCGUAGUUGGGUUGAUGGCGCAACCAUUGUGGGUAUUCACCUUCAUAACCACAUGCUUAUGGUGAAUAUUUUGCACUUUUUUGGUAUUGUGUAUCAUAGAGUUAUACAGUCACUUAAAAAUGUUAAAUAAAAUUGAGACACUUGU